UUGUCGGAUUCGCAACCCUACGUUGGCGCUGCUCCAUCCGCGCACCCUGCAUCGGCGUGCCAUCCUCCCUCAACGGUCUGUCUCUCGCAAACGCUAAAACGAUGCCUAAAUUGUUGCUGCCUCUCCCUCAAUCGGUGCUCAACCCUCACCUUAAAUACUACAGGGUGAGUGAUGCUAUGGCAACAUUAGCUGGAGCAGAAUAUUGGGACAAUGAUGUUGCUUUUGCUAUCAUUUUAGGUACCGAAACCAAUGCCUGCUAUGUUGAGCAAAUUGAUGGCAUUCCUAAGUUACAAGGUGGUGUUUCCUCUUUUGGAAAAAUGGUCGACAGAAUGUAGGAAGAUGUGAAACUCCUGGCGAACAUAAGACUAUGUGUAAAAUGAAGAAUGAGUUCAUGAUGAAUUUUGGGAUGGUCUGCGAACAAAAGAUAAAGAGUGUGUAAUUGUUCUCGCUGCUACAAAUAGGCCCUUUGAUCUUGAUGAGGCCGUUAUUAGGAGGCUUCCAAGAAGAUAGAAUAUGGCAAUAAAACCAACAGUUGCAUUGAGGGCUAUACUUGUUGGAGGGGUUGCAGCAUUUGCUAAAAUAGCUGGUGCAAUGAAGGCCGUAGGUGGUGUAAAAAUGGGUGCAGCUGCAACUGCAAUAACAGCAGCUGCAGCUGCAAUCGCAGCUAUGGCAGGAUCAAAACAAGAACAAAAGAUGCUCCUCAACAGUCUCCGAAAUGUACCUUUAUUUGUUUUUGGAUUUCUUUAUAUAGAUUAGUUGAAUCUUUCCUGAGUUUUAUGGGAACAAAGCCAUUUGCGGAUUGUGAUAUUGACAGAUGGUGAAUAUAAUAACCACUUCAAAUGUUCUGUUAGAUAUGGAAUUAUGAAGUCUUAGAUGAAGCUGUACA